AAUAAAGGGUAAGAGAGAGAGAGAGCACGAGAGAUGGAGAUGGACAAACGGAUUCAUUUAGAGCUGCAGAACAGGACGCCCUCUGAUGUGAAAGAGCUUGUGCUGGACAACUGUCAGUCUUAUGAAGGCAAAAUCGAAGGCCUCACAGAUGAGUUUGAAGAACUGGAGUUCUUAAGUACAAUCAACGUAGGCCUCACCUCAGUCGCAAACUUACCCAAGUUAAACAAACUUAAAAAGCUUGAACUAAGCGAUAACAGAAUCUCAGGGGGCCUGGUAUUGGCAGAAGAGUGUCUGAUCCUCAAGCAUCUAAACUUAAGUGGCAACAAAAUUAGAGACCUCAGCACAAUAGAGCCACUGAAAAAGUUAGAAAACCUCAAGAGCUUAGACCUUUUCAAUUGUGAGAUAACCGACCUGAACGACUACCGAGAAAACGUGUUCAAGCUCCUCCCGCAACCUACAUAUCUCGAUAGCUACGACCCGGGACGACAAGGAAGCCCCCGAUUCUGAUGCGAGGACUACGUAGAGGGCCUGGACGAUGAGGAGGAGAAGGAGAAGGAGGAGGAGGAGGAGGAGGAGGAGGAGGAGGAGGAGGAGGAGGAGGAGGAUGCUCAUCUAGAGGAAGAUGAAGAGGAUGAAGAGGAGGAGGAAGAAGGUGAAGAGGAGGAUGUGAAUGGAGAGGAAGAGGAGGAGGAAGAUUAUAACGACUGGGAAGUGGACGACGAGGAAGAUGAGGAAGAGGCUGGUGGUGAAGAAGAAAAUGGUCAGGGUCAGAAGCGAAAACGAGAACCUGAAGAUGAGAGAGAAGAUGACUAAGUGGAUAACCUAUUUUGAAAAAUUCCUAUUGUGAUUUGACUGUUUUUACCCGUAUCC